CAGUGAUCCACUACAUUUAUCACCACUUUACACUGACAUUCAAGCUGACGUUCAGCCCAUUCGUGAAUUGAAGCGUAUAGCUCCAACGAUAGCCACCUAAAUACUUGGUACACAUCCUAGGAAAUGUCUCGCCCAGCAGUGGCCGACAACCUCCCUCCCAGUGCGCGAUCAAUUGCUCUCCUGCUUGCAUCCACACCCACAGUACAGGAUGCACAACCCGGUGUUCUGCACCAACUGCUCGAGUUUUCGCACCGGUAUACAACACAGGUGCUCUCAGACGCGCUCGUCUACGCGGAGCACGCAGGGCGGUCAGGGAAGGUCGAGAUGGACGACGUGGUCCUCGCGGUGCAGGCCCGUGUCGGCUGGGAGUUUGGAGGGCGUGUCCCCAAAGAGUACAUUCUAUCGCUCGCGACACAAACAAAUUCCGUCCCCCUCCCCUCCGUCCCCGAAGUCUUCGGCGUCCGGCUUCCAUCUGCGAACGAAUGCCUCACCUCAGUUGACUUCGACUUCGUCCCAAACAAGCCCCCGCCCGGCGUCAAGCUCUACGACGAGGAUGUUGAGGAAAUCGAGGAAUCCGACGAAGAUGAGGACGAGGACAUGGAACCCGCCGCUAUCCCCGCUGCGUCGCAAGCCUCUGCGGCAGCGGUCCCUCCAAUGUCUGCACAAGCCCAACCGCAGCAGCCUGUGGGAGCGCUGCACACGCCGUCGGACGUUGAUAUGAUGACGCCUGGUGCACGGGUGGAAGAGGGUAGCGAGGUUGAUGAGGAGGAUGGUCUGUUUGGUGGAGCUGGCGAGGACGAAGAGCAGAGUGGGGAUGAGCCCAUGGAGGAGGUACCUGCUGCAUCACAGGCAGAGUCUGCCACCAACGGAGUGAAGCGCAAACUGGUAGAAGAAGAGGAUUACGACUAAGUUGGUUGUUCUCUCUCAGUCUGAGUGCAUGGGACUUAUUUGCUCAAGGGAGGCAUGUAUUGUACUGUAAUAAUAGACACAUAAACUGUACUGAGGUCUACG